UUGAUUUUCUCAGUUAAACACAGAAAAACAAUAUCAGGUGAAGUGAGAAAAUUGGAAGAAAAAAAUUAAUUACUCAUCCUUAUUUUCGUCGGUCCUAGAGUUUUUGUGUUGUUUGAAUUUAUCUAACGAGUCCUCGUUUUUCAGUUAUAAUUAUCAACAUGCGGGAAUUUUGAAAAUAAUAGUCUGACAACUGUGAUGUUUUGUCAAGUUUGGAUUAAGUCGGACUGUCAAAAGUUGAGUAAAAAAUUUAUCACCGUGGAGCACAAAUGUGUAUUGUGUGAGGCUGAACUGGAGAGCAAAGAGGCACUCCAGGAGCACUUCAGAAAACAUGCGAACAAGGAGAUUGAUGGACGGGGUAAACCGCAUACGAGAAAAAUCCCGAGGAAGACGAGUAAGACUGAUGAACUAUGCGAUAUCUGUGGAAAAACAUUUGAGUCAAUCACUGCGACGAUUCGCCACAGAUUCAAGGUGCAUCCGAAUUCACCAGCUAAAUUUUACUGCAGUUACUGUGGCAAGCAGUUUCCCCUGAAGACCCAUCGUGAUAAUCACAUGACCACACACAAUCCUGAGGAGAGUAAAAAAACGUCUGAUCAUAAACAAUGCGAGGAGUGCGACAUAGUUUUUUACAAUUUGAAGGCCCUAAAUUAUCAUUAUCGAUCGAUUCACAAAAGACUUGUGCAUAUUUUUCAACCCAUAGCAACACCUCCUCCCAGUAACAAGAUCAAAGUAAACUCGAUGAACGAUGCAUUGAGUGUUUAUUACUGCCAUAUCUGUGGUGUCGAGUACAUCGUGAAGUUCAAUCUUCAACAGCACUUAGAAAAAGUUCACACACGGGAAGAGCGAGAAAGAGUUCCAGAUGAUCUCAUAAAGUGUACGAUGUGUUCAGCUCUAUUCUGCAGCAAGAAAGCGUACGAAGUCCAUAAUAAUUAUCACCAGCCUGACGAUCUCUACGUCACAUCCGAGGAACAACGACUCCAGACUAUCACCAAGGUCGAUCAGGACUUCGAUAUUCGAAGGGUCAAGCCGACCGUUGAAAAAUACAUACCUAAAUUGACGAGGGGACGGAGACCGCAGAAGAGACGACAAAUUGAUGAGAACAUUGGCGAUUUUGUCAAAGUGACAAUCAAGGAGGAGAAUGAAUCUGAUGAGGAAGAGCCGGGGGGCAGCCACAGCUGUCAAAGUGACUCUGACAGUGAUGUGCCACUUUUAAGAAGGCUCAUGGCAAGUUAACAAAUUUCAGGACAAUAAUAUUACUAUCUUUACACCACAACGGAGGUAAACGGAGAAAUUCAUAAGGCGUCAGAUAAUUUUUUUUAAUUAUCUUCGACUCAAUUGCUCAAAGACCGAUUCAGUCUUCUGUGGUAAGCAAUGUGCACGAUUGCACGAUUACAAUCUUCAUGAGUGACAAGAUAAAUGAACGAAGUCGCGUUUAUGCAUUCAAAUGAGAAAAUUUCGUGACUUCACGUUUGGAUUCGAAUCGUCGAGUUAUCGAAGUAGACACGAAAAGAGAUCAGUUUGGGGAUUUUUUUUCAGGCUUCUUUCCAAUUUCAUCGGUAUUUAUUUUAGCUUUCCCUUGAAAUGCAAUUUUAUCGGUUAGUAUUUUUAAAAUUUUUCGAUAUCCUGUGUUUAGCGAGAAGCUAUUGUGAUUAUUUUUUUUUAUCAUGUGAUGAAUAAAGAAAAUUG